AUGGCCACCUCCUUCCAACCUAACGUGCACUACACCUUUGGGUCACCCCUGUCUGCGGGCUCUAUCUUCGGCAGGCGUCAGGCCUCAAAUAUUCUCGAGCAAGAGAGUUAUUCUAACAGUAGCUUUCAAUCUGGAAGUUCCAGACAUGUGUCGAGAAGAGUCAGCAGCAGUGGUAACACUGCACUAGCUGAUGUGGUUAACACACUCACCCGACGGAGCAGCGAUGCAAUGAUAGCAUCCAAAAUCAACGAUGCCGACUAUGAGACAUUGCUGAACUGGAUCCGAGCUGAACGUAUGGGGAAGCUACCCCCCGAGGGAAGCAGCUACGACAAGGCCUUGGUCUGGGCUGUUUUGUUCGUGGGACGUCUGCAUUCCUUCGAUUCAGCCAUUGGACACUUCGCUGGCGACAGCCACACAGCGGCUCAGCUGGCUUACGUGUACUGUGCUAAUUUACUGGAGCUCGGAGAGCAAAAUGCGUCCGCCCUUCAGGACCUCUUCGGGUUCUUUUACCGCUGCUCGACUGGACUCGGCAACUUAUUGGACCGAACGGAGCUCUUCGACGUGUCCAAAGAUAUCAAGGACCAGCUGAUUCUGGCAUUGGCUGACCUUGUUACUCUGGUUGCUGGCGUUGCGAGCCACUUCAACCGCGCCUUGCAGAACUCUCAGACGGUGGAAAUUGACAUCUACCAUCAAUUUUCCGAGUCGCUCAGCAGCUUUCACAGUCGCUGCGAGACCGUCUCUGACCUGAUGUGGAGACACCAACUUGUCCGCGAGGGUAUGAACGGUGAUAAAGUGACCGAGAUAAAGACUAUCAGAAGCUGGCUUGAGCCAGAGGAUCCAGCUCUCACAAAUAUCACCGAGAACACUGCUCAGUUUGCUCAGGAGCGCGAAGAAUCAACCUGUCUCUGGGUGUCUCAGUACUUGACCAGAUUUCUCAAAAGCAACCAGCAAGUCCUUUCCUUUGUAGGAAAGCCGGGAUCUGGUAAAUCAAUCCUGUCAACGGUCAUCAACGACCAUUUACAGCAUCCGGUCGGAGGAGUUACCUACAAGCCGAUCUUUGCGCCAAUUAAUGGCAGGGUGGCUGCGAAUACUACACCGCGGGCUAUUGCGAAGACGAUCCUGUCCCAGCUGUUCGGCAAACGCAUCGGCAAUGUGAGGUUGUACCAGAUCUUAGCUGAUGCUUAUGAGCGGAGCCAGAGAACUGUUGAUGAAGAUGCGUACGACAAUAUCCUCUGGAACGCCUUGGGCAAUUCCCUCAAUGCCAGUCUCAAGAAUGCCAAAGAACUUGUUCUGGUCGUCGAUGGUGUUGACGAGGCUAGUUGCGGCGAGACACCUUUGCUAAGAAAGCUCCAGGAGGCUGUUCAGAACGCCGGUAACGUAAAACUAAUUGUCUUCGGCUCCCAGAAGCCGAGUCAAUUCCCAUCUCAAACUACGGUGAACGUCACUCCAGAGCUGGUCUUCGAUGAUAUUGCCGCCGUGGCACGUAAAAUACUGCAACAGAGUCACGCUUUCAACUAUAUGUCCGAAGAUGAUCAAGAGCUCAAUGUGACCCGAAUCGCAGAGGCAUCACAGGGCUCCUUCCUGUGGGCCAAGCUUGCUGCAAAGCGUGUUCGGGAUGAGCAUCCAACAAACGCAAAUUCUCUGACGAGGUCUAUCCAAAGCAUAGCCAACGCGGGAUACAGUGUUACCGAUAUGGUCUCCCAGUCUCUGCAUUCGAAGUUGAAUGAUGAUGGGAAGAAGAUCUUAACAUGGCUCGCAACUGCGGUUCGCCCACUCAGCAAGAGCGAAUUAACAUCCCUGGUGUCGAUUGAAUUGAACAAGGCCUCGUAUACCGAGCGAGAGAUUGAUAUCCAGCAUACCCUUAAGCCUGUUGCGUCGCUGGUGUUUAUCCAGAAUAACAUGGUCUUCCUCAGACAUGGACAGAUCCGCUCUGCCAUUUUGGACAUCUUUGCCAGGGAGAAGUUCCUUCCGGCCAUCAAGAACCGCAACAGCGAUUUGACGCAGAGGCUUCUGCUCUACACCAAGCAAGCCGUGAAUGAGAGUCAUGACCCGUCCUUGAGUCCCCUGGAUGAGAAGGUUGCUCAGACCUAUCUGGACAAGCACCCUCUUCUGGACUUCGCCCUUCGGUACUGGGUGAACCACGCCAGUCUGGCGUAUGGUUGCACCACAGACAAGGAAAUUGCCACAGCUGGAAAUGAAUUGAGAUCAGUGAUACCGACAUCUCCCACAGUGCCAUUGUUGGAGAUGACUGUAUGGGAGGGCAAGUCAACCCCAGCGCUGAAGUCACUGCACGAGACCCAGACGCGUCUCUAUCGCCAGAUCCUGACUACCAAUCACCCCACCACCCUGCAAGCCAUCCUGUGCCAGGCCCUAUUCUAUCGACGUAUUCAUGAUAGCUUGCCUGCCCAGGUUAGUCAAAUUUUUUAUGAUGCGGCGGUGAUCAGUAAAGAUGUGCUGUCCGAAAGCCACCUCAUCACAAUGCAGAUGACCAAGUUCUACUUGGAAACCACUGCAGACCAGGUCGUCGAGUCUAAAACGGACGUCAUGAUCAAGCGUGUUCAGAUGCUCGAGCUGCUUGUGGAAUGUUACAAGAUCCAUUACGGAGCCACAAGCACCAUAGUGACAUCCACCUUGACCCAGCUAUCCCAGCACUACAUUUCCAUCAAGGAAGAAUACAAAGCCAAGGAAAUUGAAACAUGGCUCCAAACCACGACAGAAAAGCAUCACACACAGAAUCACAGUACAACUCGGCAGGUCGACGGAUCGUUGCUGGUUCACAUCCGCGGUCGUGAAGGCACUGACGACCAAGGCAAAACCCUCACUUGGGAACACAUUGAAACUGACGAACUGAUCUCUUGGACUGUGGAUGUCGAAAGCCUUUUCAGUCGGGCGGAGAAGGCCGUGGCUGCGGGACAUUGGAGGGAGGCAGAAAGCCUCUAUGUUGAGCUCUGGCAGCACACCAGCAAGGAGUACAGGGUCAAUCGUUCUAGCGAAUGGGAGUUGAGGAUGUGA